CCCUCUCCAAUACUGUCUCUCUCUCUUUUACACCGUCAACUGUCGCGCUCGCUCUCACUCUCACUCUCACUCUCUGUAUACAGCGUUGAAGGUUUGAAUGCAAAGAUGCUAUGGGUGGACAAGUACCGACCCAAAACCUUAGACCAUGUCAUGGUCCACCAAGACAUCGCCCAAAACCUUAAGAAACUGGUCACGGAGCAGGAUUGCCCGCAUCUGCUCUUCUAUGGUCCUCCGGGCUCCGGCAAGAAAACCCUAAUCAUGGCCCUCAUUCGUCAGAUGUUCGGCCCUAGCGCUGAGAAGGUGAAGGUGGAGAAUAAGACAUGGAAAGUCGAUGCUGGAAGUAGAACUCUUGAUAUAGAGCUUACCACAUUGUCAAGCACCAACCAUGUGGAACUGAGUCCCAGUGAUGCAGGGUUUCAGGACAGAUAUGUUGUUCAAGAAAUAAUUAAAGAAAUAGCUAAAAAUAGACCUAUUGACACAAAAGGAAAAAGAGGAUUUAAAGUAUUAGUGCUCAAUGAGGUAGACAAACUUUCGAGAGAAGCCCAACAUUCUCUCCGAAGAACUAUGGAGAAAUAUAGUGCUUAUUGUAGACUUAUACUAUGCUGCAACAGUUCUUCAAAGGUUACUGAAGCAAUCCGGUCCCGCUGCUUGAAUGUGCGGAUAAAUGCACCAACAGACGAAGAGAUUGUUAAGGUAUUGGAAUUCAUUGGAAACAAAGAAGGACUGCAACUUCCAUCUGGAUUUGCUGCUCGUAUAGCAGAUAAGUCAAAUCGGAGUUUAAGGAGAGCCAUACUGUCAUUUGAGACUUGCCGUGUCCAACAGUAUCCUCUUACAAGCAAACAAGUAAUACCCCCGAUGGAUUGGGAGGAGUAUAUUGCUGAAAUAGCAUCUGACGUAAUGAAGGAGCAGAGUCCUAAAAGGCUGUUUCAGGUUCGAGGGAAGUUGUAUGAGCUACUUAUUAAUUGUAUUCCACCGGAGAUUAUCUUGAAGAGACUGCUUUAUGAAUUAUUAAAGAAGUUGGAUGCAGAACUAAAACAUGAGGUUUGCCAUUGGGCUGCAUAUUAUGAGCAUAGGAUGUGUCUUGGACAGAAAGCCAUAUUUCACAUUGAAGCAUUUGUGGCGAAGUUCAUGAGCAUUUAUAAGUCUUUUCUCAUUGCAACGUUUGGAUAAAGACUGGCAUGCUAGCUUGCAAUGCCAAAAUAGGUUCCAUCAUUUAAGAUGUUUUUUUCACGCCAUCCUUCUGUGGUAAAGCUUUCAGUACUUCAAUCCAAAGAGUGGUUCUACUGCAUAAAAUGUUGAGGACUUGCGGAGCUUAUUCCCUUGACUAUUGGUCUACAAGAGAAGUUGUUUCUUAUUAGUCUCUUAUUUUGAUGGCAAGUAGAGUUAUAAUUGAUAAAGUAAAUUGGUCUCUCUACUCUAUAAAUUUACACAAUUUUAAUUUUGUGUAACGUAUGAGGAUGGUCAUGUGAGAAAUGGUUUUCUGGUAUCUAUGUACAAAUUCUUUCAUAUUGAUAUUUUCAGAGGAUGUCUUGUUAUUGUGGAUACUUGUAUGUUCUUUAUUUGCGUAUUAUUAAUUUAUGAAAAUUAUGAUAUUUAAUAUCUUGGAA